GCUCCUCCGGGCCGUAGCGCUCCCAGCCGGCGGCUGCGGCGGCGGCAGAGGAAGUUUCCGCUUUGCACUCCACCCCGGUAGCAGCUUGGCCGUGGGGACAGCUUCCUCCGGACGCUUCGCGGGCUUUGCUGCCGCCGCACGCUAGCCCGGUCGGAUCAUGGGGUUGCCCAAGGGGCCGGAGGGCCAAAGUCUCCCGGAGGUGGAAACAAGAGAAGAUGAAGAACAAAAUGUCAAGUUGACUGAAAUUCUGGAACUCUUGGUUGCAGCUGGGUAUUUCAGGGCAAGAAUUAAAGGCUUGUCACCUUUUGACAAGGUAGUGGGAGGAAUGACUUGGUGCAUCACCACUUGCAACUUUGACGUAGACGUUGAUUUGCUUUUUCAGGAAAACUCUACAAUAGGUCAAAAAAUAGCUCUAUCAGAAAAAAUUGUCUCAGUCCAUGUCUGA